AUGCCCAGAGACGACACCAGCGUAGACUGGCACGCGCUCCUCGCGGCCCUCGGCGAGCAUCCGCGCCAAGACCACCACCACCACCACGGCCGCAGCACAGAAGUGGCACACCUCCCAGCAAGUGGCACCACCACCACCACCACCGCCGCCUCCAACCCGGCCACCACUGCAUCCACAGCAGACAUUGACACCCCGCCCAACACGGCAGCUGCCACACACUCUGGCGCAGCAUCGCCGUGGGGCACUGCACUCAGCAGAGUCGCCUCCACGUCCGCCGCUGCUAGCACCCAGCACUCACCACAGACCGGCACACCGACAACCAACAACCACCCGCAUACGGUCCCGAGCCACACAAUGUCCCCGCACAACCCCCUCCUCUCCGACGACGACCUGUUUGCGCACUUUGCGCAGGGCUUCAUCCCAGGCCACUCGUCACACCCAGCGCUGUAUCCGGGCGUGUGGGGUCCGGGUCCCGGUAAUGGAUCGUCCCCAACCACCGCGUCGACACAUGCGCAGCAGACAGCCGCCGCGGCAGAGCUGAACGCACGUAUCCAGCUGGCACAUGCACAUGGGCACGUGCAUGUUCCGCACCACCAUGGCCAGCAGCACCAUGCCGACCAUUCCCAGGUGCAGGUCCACCACGGUCACACGCACCCACACACCAACGGCCACAGCCACAGCCACAGCCACAGCGGCAGCCAUGGCCACUUUUCCCACCCGUCCACGUCGUCCCAGGACGGAGGAGCUGCAUUAGCCCACGCCCUCGCGAAUGCGACUGCGCCAGCGACGCCCGCGACACACGCGACGACAACGACGACACAGGAGGCCCGGCCCCUCCCCAGGCGGCAGAGCACGAUCGGAUCGAACGGGGGCACGGCGGCCCCGUCCGCGGCGCCCACGCCCGGCGCCAACCUCGACGACACCGAGGACAAGCGCGUGCGCAACACUCUUGCAUCUGCUCGUUUCCGCGCCAAAAAGAAGACACACAUCGAAACCGUCGAGCGUAACAUUCGCGAGCUCGAGACACAGCACCGCGAGCUCGAGGUCGAAGUCAACGACCUUCGCAAGGAGAACGGCCUGCUCAAGGAGAUGGUCCAGCUCAAGUAUGGCGGGCGGGCCCUCUGA